GUUCAGUCGUCGUGUGGCCAUUGUAGUGAGUGCACGUGAUUGUUAAUUGGAAUAAAGGUUAUUGACCUAUGUGUUUACGUGUUUGUUUAAGAUAAACAGUCAUAGAUAAGAGGUAUAUAGUGAAGUGGUAUAUAACAAUAUAUUAUAUUAAUACAUACACGUGCCAAAUAUCGGAAUGUAUGUGAUAUGGAUCCACAAGAGUUAGUUCCUUUGGAAGCCGGGCUCCCCCGCGUACGCGCAGCGCGACAGACGAGCGUCACAUCACGAUCAUGCUACAGAGGGCCCAUUCGAAUAUGUCGGCUACUUGUGUUGCUGAUUGUCCUGCCAUCGAUGUUUAUAUUCAUACCACUGUAUAUGAGGUAUCGAGUAUUUUCAGGGCAGAUGUAUCCCAUGAGCAUGACAGACAUGAGGUUAAUAGAUAGCAAAAUAUCACCCACUUGGUGUCAGAGGCAAGUGGUACGAUCGAAUGCCACAUUCAACGCAUUCGUGGUGCCAGGACCACCAGACUUCACUGAAGAACUAGUGCCUGUUUCCAUGACCAGGGAAUUGGAGCUUGAAGAUGAUAUGAAGGAAUACUGGGGCUUCUAUUUGCUGCAAGGCUCCACUGUUACUGUUUCUGCUUGUGUCAGAUGGCCUGGUGCGUCCCUCAUUAUGAUAAAAGGUUACAAGCACCUGCAGGAAUGCGCCUACAUUGGGGAUGAUUCUUCUGAAGAGCUGGACGAACUUCUGGAAGCCAAUAAACUGGGUCUGCUGUCCAACACAUCACUGCUGGAGAAGAUUCAACAGCUAAAGAAACAAGAUGGGAAGGCUAAUGAUCCUGAUACAAUGAAACGUCACAAAGCAGGCAUAAGCUUCCACGACCCGGGUCGCUCGUCGAACGUGACGUCAUCGGGAAAUGUGCCCAUGGCUGACGUCACAGAUCAUGAUCCAAAGGAGCUGCGUGAAAUAUUAGAGCGCUUGCACGCAUUACGAGAAGCGGCCAAGACCGAGUCGUACAAGUAUUACCGUCUACCCUCACAUUUGAUGUCACUACCAGCCCUGCACAGACAUAGGGACGCUAACGUGGAUAUUGAUCAGAGGAAGUGGUUGUCUUUUAAGGAUAUCGAUGGAAACAGCAGUGAAAAAUUAAAAGAAACAGAAAAGACUGAAUUAGUAAAUAAUAAUACACUAAGUAAAUCUCCAAGCAUAGAUAUACAAGAUAAUUCUAUAGAUAUUAAAAAUAUAACAGAUAAUAAAAGUGAGGCAAUGGGUGUUGAUAAUGUUACUAAGAAAUUAAGUGAUGUUAUUAAAACAGACAUCCCUAGUACAAAUAAAGAAGAAACAAACAUAAUUAAAGAAAGUACAGAUAAAAAUACAGAUAACACAACACCAAAACCAACACAAUUAGAGGACACAAAAGAAGAAACGAAUUCCAAAGAAGUAUUUUAUCAAGUGUUGGAACAAUUACAAGCCCUCGGUGACCGAGGGAAGAGGGUACUUGUAAAACUGCAUGAGACGAUGGGAGUGCAAUAUAAGGAAAAGGAUAAGCCAGACUUAUCAAACGUGAUGUCCGCUGUGACCGGCAGCGAGGAAGAGCUGGACCACCUUCGGAAGGUGCUGGUGGAAGCCAUUGAUGAAGAGAAGACAAGGUCGCAGAGGCAACAAAAACGUCGAGAUGCGAGAGCAGAAGCGAGAGCCAAGCGUGAACUGAUGUUGGGGCAGAUAGAACUCACUAAGCAGCUUAAUGAAGAUGAUGAAGCUAGGAAUUUUGCAGCUGAGGAGGGUCUCCCCGACCUGUACGCGGACAUACACCAAACAGUAAACGAAACAACCGCCAUUGACAUGUCCAACUCUGAGUUCUGGUCGUCAUUCUCUAGCAGUGAAGAAGCUCUACUGGAGUGUGAGGGGCUGAUACUGAACCUGCCCUUAACUCCCAGUAGCAUGUGUGAGAGGGGGGUGGGGGAGGGGGGGAUUGCAGAUGCUUCGAGGGUUAAUGCUCUUACUUAUAGGGUCCCAGCAAAUGGCUACUACUUCUUCGUAUUUAACUCAGAGAAUGAAGUCCAAAAGAACUUUAUUAAGGCCAAGUUCGAUCUUCAGAAAACAAGAUAUGACAUUGCGAGAACAACACUACGUGAGUGCAGAAAUAGUACAGAUAGAUGUGACUUGCUUCUUGAUAUAUUUUCUACUCAAAAGGUUGUAUUAGAGCUGCCUCUACGAAACAACGAUUCUCUGUGGAACGAACAAUUCGUCAUCAUAUCGGAAUGUGAACCCCGGACCUCUGUGUAUUUGUUCUGUGUUAUAGCUGUACCAGUACUUAUUAUGAUGUUUGCUUUCCAAUGAAAGAAAAUAUUUGAUUCUAAUAUUAUACAAAAAUAAAUAGACUCCAUAAUAAUAUAUUAUGUUAAACUAGCUGUGCUCCGCAGUUUUAC